AUGGCGUCAAUUACCAGCUUAGUUGAAGAUGGGUUUUCAUGCGCGGGGUUCUCAUUAUCUUCAUUCACCGCGACGCGGCCAAGGCGUAUGGCGCCGGUGGUUCGUGCUGAAGCUAUUAAUCCAGAUAGUAAUAAGGAUGAACCAAAAUUGGUACUGCACACUGUUGAUGUCACUAAACUCUCUAAGCCUGUUACUUCUUACUGCAGGUGUUGGAAGUCUGGGAGUUUUCCUCAAUGUGAUGGAAGCCAUGUGAAGCACAAUGAGAUAACUGGAGAUAACGUUGGACCCCUUGAUUUGAAGAAGUAG